UCUAUAUAAACUAUUACCACUCUCCAAACUAAUUCGUUGAGCCUCCGAUUAUUCUAUAAUCACCAUAAGGAUGAUCAGCUCAUACCCCACCGCCACCGCCACUAUCACCACCGUCGAUUGUGAGAAACAAGUCCGUUCGUGGCGGCUCCUCCGCUCUCUCGUGGAGUUACUCAUCCCAAGUUGUUACUGCACUUUCGUUGAACCCACAGAACCUGUCCUCAGUAAAAAAACCGUUUCAUCCUUCAACUACCAUAGGCCAUCAUUUUCCUCAAACACAACAAAUAUUACUGGUACUAUUUUUGGGUAUCGUAAGGGAAAAGUUAAUUUUUGUAUCCAAACAAAUCCUAAUUCCUCUACCCCGCUUCUUCUUCUUGAACUCGCCGUUUCUACUUCUACCCUCGCGCGUGAAAUGCGUGGAGGGCUACUAAGAAUCGCGCUCGAGAGUUCCAAUGAGGGUGGUGGAAAUGAAAUUUUUUCCCUUCUGUCUAUGCCAGUAUGGACUAUGUAUUGUAAUGGGAAAAAAGUAGGGUUUGCAGUGAAGAAAAAAGCUACGAAAUCCGAUUUACAAGUGUUGAAGCAAAUGGAAAGUGUAGUUGUGGGUGCUGGCACUGUUCAUGGUAAAGAAAUUAAUCGCGACGAUGAUACAAUGUAUCUUAGAGGAAAAUUCGAGAGGGUUCAUGGAUCUUCUGAUUCAGAGUCUUUUCAUUUGAUCGAUCCUGAAGGAAGUAUGGGACAACAACUGAGCAUUUUCUUUCUCCGCUCUCGUUCUAGCUGAGCUGAAUUAAUUUUUCUUAUAACGGUGGUGUCUGAGUCAGCUUGUGCAGGAUAUGGAUGAUUUAGAAUUGUCUAGAGUUUCUGUUUGCAAAGUGCAAUUUUUUACUUUUUUUUUUUUUUUUUUACCUCCUAGGUUAUGUGUUUUCUUUGGCAGCACCCCAUGUGUUUUUCGAGCUGUGUUUUUCUUGCAUGGCUUUUUUUCCCUUAUUGGGAUAUUUGUCAUGGGGUGUGUGUUGCAAUUACCAAAUAUAAAUAUAUUUGUAAAAAUAGAAUAAAUGGGAGGACCCUCAUUAG